CUCAAAUUAGCUUCUCUUCUUUGUCGUCUUCCUCCUCACACGCAAAAUCCAUUGUCCUUGAUUUUCCUUCUGGUUUCCAUGAUCCGAUUCUAAAGGCUUCUUGGGUAUCUAUCUAGAGCUGUUCGGAGAAUCAUCCCUCUCUCUCUCUUCUGAGAACUCUUCUGGAAUCGAAAUUAGAGAAUUAGGGCUUUUCCGUUGGGUUAAAAGGGUUACGAAGAGCAUAAGAUAUAAUGCCUUCGCUGCCCUCUAAGCUUCUCCUUUUGGUUCCUUCUCUGACUCCUUAUCAUUCUGCUUUGUCUUCGCAUCGUCUUAAACCUCUUCAAAAGUCUGAUUGGCGUGGUAAUCUUAGUUAACAUCUCUCCUUCUUCUGCUCUCUUCUCAUCGAAAGACACAAACUUUACUUGAACCCACGAAGUUGGAUAUGAGCUCUGUUUCUGGUAAAGAUUCAGACUUUGAGAUCUUGCCUUCUUCCAGUCCCACCCAAUGCUCUGAAGAUUCUCUGGAACCUGAUGGAGAUGAGACUGGUUAUAUAAACCAAACUGUGAAUGGAGAAUCAGAUACCAAAUCUUCUUUAGGUUCUUUACCUCUCAAGUGUUCAGAUGAUGAAGACAAGGAUGAGAACCUUACUACUGCACCGGUUGUUGUUCUCAUCCCUGCUAUAAAAGGCAGCCGGGAGAAGCAUGGCUUGACACUGAGGAAGACGAGUGUUUCAUGGGCGGAUGACGUGUAUGAUCCUCCUCCUUCUAUAGCUUCCCACACGAGAAACAAGAAGCAGCAGCAGCAGAAAUCAAAGAGCAAAGACGGCCACAGGAAGAACGGGAAGAAAGGACAGAAGGGCAAAGACAGCUCUAGUUCCUCUCGUAGUGGCAAGGACAACAAGAAGCAAGCUUCUCGCGGCAAACACAGUCGCGACAAGUUUGAUUGGGUUACUCAGAUGACUAUAGUUGCUGCAUCUUCUUGAAUGGCAUUGGCACAUCUUCACACAUCAAUGAGAUGUGCUCUUCCUCUUUGUCUAAUAAAUAAUCAAAUUCACUUUUUGUGUGUGUGUGUUAUCUUUCUUAUGUGUAAUGGUUGAUCCUAAGUACUGUUGUGAAGAUUUUGUGUAAGCUUUUGUGAAGAACUCAACGGAGCUUUGUUAUUUGAAAUGAUGUUUUCUUA